AUGAAACCACGGCGAUUACCACUAGACCGGCCAUGGCUAGUGUUGAUUUUAGCGAUCAUGGUGGGGAUCGCGGUGGCCUUAUUGGUGGUAAACUUUAAGGUGGUGACGACAAAGGCGGCCGAGUUUUGUGGAACGACGUCGUACAUUGAUAGAAGAGUAAUCCCCAUACAAGUUGAUGCAGUUUUACACUACGCAACAUCACGUGAGAUUCCCCAACAAUCAGCUGAGGAGAUCCGGGUUAGCUUUGAUGUGUUAUUCUCACUUUACCCAUGUAAUUUCUUGGUAUUUGGGCUGGGCUUUGAUUCAUUAAUGUGGGCCUCAUUUAACCCGAAUGGGUUUACCAUGUUCCUUGAGGAAGAUUCAAGAUGGGUCAAGAAUAUUUUGACAAAGGCCCCAAAUAUUAGGGUACAUCCCUUAAUUUAUAAGACCCACCUUUAUGAUGCUAAAGUUUUGUUGGACCAUUAUAAGAUUGAGCCUUAUUGUAAGCCCCCUAAAUUGUAUCUUCAAGGUAACACCAAGUGCAGGCUAAUUCUUGAUGACUUACCGAACGAAGUAUACAAAAAAGAAUGGGAUGUGAUAAUGAUAGACGGACCAAAAGGGUACCAACUGAACAUGCCCGGUCGGAUGGCAGCCAUAUACACGGCAGCAGUGAUGGCGAGGACGAGGACAAAGCCGGGAAAAACACAUGUAUUCUUACAUGAUGUGAAUAGGAAGGUUGAGAGAGUUUAUGCUCAAAGAUUUCUUUGUAAAAAGUAUUUGGUUAAAGCUGUUGGUAACCUUUGGCAUUUUGUUAUACCUCCUGCUACCGAACAACAGACUCUUAAACCUAAUACUUUUUUCUGUUGA